AAAGACAGUGACAAGAAAAUUAUUUUCCAGAAAAAUAAAUUCAAUCAAAAUUUAUUAUUCAUUGAGAAUAAACAAAAAAUAAAUUGAUUAAAAAACAAAAAUGAUUCAACAACAUUUUAUUCGAUCACCUUCAUUACGUGAAAAAUUAAAUGAUCGUUUUGCCGGUUUAGAACUAAUUUCCGGUAUGAUUAUUGCUAUUGUCAUUAUAUUGGCAAUAUUUUUCAUAUCAACAAUUGGUGGUCAAAUUUUAUUCUUUUUAUUAUUAUUAUUAUUUGUCAUUAUAACAAUGUGUAUUGCAUUAAUAUGUUGGAUUGAUUAUCGUAAACGUGAAUUGAAAAAAUGUGAAUUAUCCUCAUCAUCAUCAUCAUAUAAAUCGAAUGAUAAUUGUCAUUUAUAUGGUAUACGAUUUAUUUCAUUAUCUGAUCAGGUAUAAAAUCAAUCAAUCAUAAAUGUUUGAUUAUUCAACGUUCGAAAUAACAUAUGUACGUACAAUGGGUAUUUUUUUUUUGUCACUCCAUCCUGUUGGAAUGAUUUAUGAUUUUCAAUC